AUGCUUUCGAGAAUUCGAGAGGCGACGCAGAAAUGCACUGACAAGAUAGAACUGAUUCUUAAGAAAGAUGACGGGGAUGCAUCAGUAGAGGAAGCUGCACACGUAGAGGAGCUAGCCGCAUACGAUAAUCGCCAGCACGUUCUCGAAGUACAAGGGACUUUAGAGGAGGAAGCCCAAAUUACUUCAACUGAGCAACUGUUAGCUGAAGCUGACAAGUACUUUCAACAAACCCUGGCCUCAACGCAGGCAAGGAGCAAGGAGUUUAAGGCCAUGGCUCUUAAAGAAGCUGAGGAGACGCAGGAAGAAGUGGAAGCUCUCAAAAAGACCUUAGAGCAAGAACUGGAGGAAUCCCUAGAGUUACACGAAAGUGUGGCCAUGCUGGAGGUGGAGGAGCAGAAAAACGCCCACAAAAAUAAACUUAAGGCAUUCAAUGAAGAAGCGCUGGGCAAGUUGAAGGCGUACUAUGAGGAUAUUACACGAGAUAAUUUGCAGCUUGUCAAGAAGCUGCGAGCCGAGAACGAGAGGAUGUCGGCUAAUAACAAGAGGCUCAAAAAAGAAAUCGACUUAAUGUCCGCCCAAAAUGCAAAGAUUCGGGAACCUCUCCGUGAGCAAGAAGCUCUCAAGGCCCGGCUUAAAGUGCAACUCCGUUUUGUAGAAAAGGACAAACUAGUCCUUCGCAACCUCAAAAGGCGAAACCAAGUGGAAGAGCUACGCCGAUGCAUUGAGGCCUAUAAUGACAUGUUAGUGUUUAUGCGGCAUCGGCUAGACGAGCUCAAUGUGCCUCAUUCUUCUAUCGAAGCAAGGAGUAUUGUGUAUGAACACGCACAAGCUAUGCUAGAUAAUAAGACUGAAUCAAUCUCUGCCUCUGAAACAACAGCUGAAGACAAUGGCAGAAUGCUCAACCAGGAAUCUAGUCAGGCUUCAGAGGAAUCGAAGGGGAGGGCGGACGAUUUGGCCGUCACAGGCACUUCGACAGGCGCAUCUUCCGAACAUGAAACUGUACCCUUGAAAAGCUCUAGUCACCCAUCUGGAUUUCCUUCCCUGAUUUCGCAGAACAACCCGAUGUUGGUGUUGGCAUUUGUGCAGCGUAUUGCCCUAGCAACCUAG